AUGAGGGCGAUUCCAAGGUUGAGACUGAGCAAAUACCUCUACACUAUGCCGAUUCGUGCCUUCGAUGAGUGGGCUAGCAGUCGUGCCCAAACCCUACCUCUUGCAACCCUCAAAGGUGCUGUCAUAGGCAUUGAUGCUUCCCACUACCUUGAUCAACACCUCAAUCACCAUGCGACAAAAGAGCCCCUCCUCAUUGCUCUUGGAGGCUUCCCAUUUUCUCUCAGAGCCAAUAUCGAAAAGGAGAUCCAAGUCCUGAAGAACCAAGGCGUUACCUGUGUCUUUGUCUUCAACGGUCUUAAUUUUGGGAAACGGGAACCUGAUUUCACUUCUCAAGCUGAUUCUACUCGUGCACUGGAGCAAGCAUGGGAGUUGUAUGACCAGAAACAAGCGGACCAGGUUGUUGAUGCCUUUAGCUCAGCUGGGAGCGCAAAGCCCGAGAUCCUUUAUAAAUUCUUGCAAAGAAUCCUACAUGAUCAAGGUGUAGACUUUCUUGUUGCGCCUUACGCUGCUUCUGCACAGCUUGCUUACCUGGAGAAAGGCCCUAACCGUUUCGUUGAUGCUGUUUUCGGCCCAUCAGAACUCUUUCUUUUCGAUAUAGAUAAAGUCAUCACUAGGCUGGAUACGGAUAUUUUUCGAUUCACAUGGAUUACUAGACAGGUAUGCCAAGAUGAUCUAGGACGGAUAACAAACGAGCAGUUUAUCGAGUUCUGCUUGCUUCUUGGCUCCCGAUUUCUCCGUACAUUCCCACCCUUCGAGAAUGCGACAUUUCCUGGGAAGGGGGUUAAUAUCCGGGAGGCGAUGACCGCAUAUAAUAACGCCGGACGAAAUGCUUUGGUUCUUUGUGGCCAAAUUGAAGAUGAGCAUCGUGUUAAUGAUUUGCCGUAUGCUGAAAGUUUUAAGCGUGCCCUCAUGACAGUGAAACACCAUAUCAUUAUGGAUAUCGAUGGGAAGGUUGACCCUAUGGAUGCCGAGAAUGUAUCCAACGAUUUACAUGAACUCAUCGGCCAGCGCCUUCCGGAGGAACUUUACUUUUACAUGUCCAAGGGAAUUCUUGGAUCUCAAGUGUCCGACUGGUUAACUUCGGGCGAGCUCCUUAUCAGGUUACCACUAGGAGCUGAGGACUCUGACAUCUACCGCCGUCUUCAGGGAGAUCUUCUUACUCCCAUUCGAACCCAAGCCCUGUGCCUGCUUUCUAAUUCUCUUCAUCGGUUCUACCAAACUAAAGCAAUAAAUGUCUGUACCUGGUAUGCGCCGAAAUCUACGCGCUCUAUUAACCUCAAAGAGGACUUACCUUCGGUUAAGGAGUCUACUAUGUCGUGGAAACUUCGAAGCGAUAAAUUCCCAGAAAGUGUCAAGCAACUCCAGGCCGAUUCUCUUCCAUUUGCAUUCGCCCUUCGAGCACUGAAAGAUCAAGAGUUUGUUACCAAGUCUUUCUCAACGCGGGAUGCACCGCCUCUAUCGUCAAAAUCUGAAAUUCUUGCGAAUGUGAUGUGGAGGCUAUUGCAAUUACGGGGCUAUGUCAAUGAUAAGCACCGACUCACCCAAUGGGGACAAGCGUUGGAAACAGCCAUGUCGUCAUUAAACCCUACGGAGAAUUUGGAAGAAUCGACCUUUAUAGCAGUGGAGCUUUUGCGGCUCGGGAUUUUGAGCUCUAAGGAUUGGUUCGCUAAUAUCUCUGGCGGCCCAAUGAGGGGUACCGAUGAGGAGAAAAAGUUCAACCUGCUGGUGUCACAAGUUGCAUGCAUCGGUCAAAUUCGUCACAAACCCAUUGGCUACUCAGGUCCUCUGAGUAGACAGCUCUUGUCCUUCCGUUCCCUAAUAUGUGCUGUCCGGUCGAGCUUGCGAGACUUAGUUGAGGUUGUCCUAGCAAGUCUUUUGCUCAACGGGGAGGCAGACCGUGAUCGCGAUGACUGGGCGGAUCUGGGGCUCAGUCUUCCUUUUAUUGAUGAUAAUAAUUGCGGACUUGGAAUCGCUGUUCGGACGUAUCUUGAUGAUCUUCCACAGCAAUCGGAGCCAACAUCGCCAAGGGUUCGGGCUGAGGUGAAGUCCAAAGGUAAAGAGUGGUUUCAACAUAGCGAUAGUUUUAGCGGAAAUCUUGACCUGGCGUUUACACUUUGGGAUGCGGCCUAUCAAGCAUCUCAAAAUGCUGGGAAGGAGUUCAAAGAUGCGAAAUUGUGGGAGGAAGCUAAUAAAUGGUUGGCGGAGCGAAGAUAA